GUCGUCGACCUACGCGCGAGGAACCGCGCCGAUGGUAGCCAAGAACAGAGACGCCAGAAGAAGCAGCUGGAGGUGUUCCAGGCGAGCAUCCCCGGGGGAAGUGUGCAGGUGAUCCGCAGUCAGACCACCACCAGCUCCUGGCAUGGACAGAGUACCACUAGCUCCAAGCUGGACAGUGGCAUGUCAUUUGGUUGGUCACAUUCUAUGAACAAUAGCAGUAGCCAGUCAAAGUCAAUCGAGAAACGAACGAGCGAUGAAUCGAGCAAUCAAACUAACAGAUCUGAUGACAAAUCCACCAGUCGAUUGCCCGAAAUGCAUUUCGACAAUCUACAGCUGGACAGUGGCAUGUCUUUUGGUUGGUCACAUUCUAUGAACAAUAGCAGUAGCCAGUCAAAGUCAAUCGACAAACGAACGAGCGAUGAAUCGAGCAAUCAAACUAACAGAUCUGAUGACAAAUCCACCAGUCGAUUGCCCGACAUGCAUUUCGACAAUCUACAGUUGGCAAUCCAUCCCCUGGACCUGAGUCCGCAGAAGACAAAAGCCAGCGUCGGUCGCAGUGGAUCGAUCAGUGGUCGAAGACCCCCGACACGUCCGCGAAGCAUAGCCGGCACAGGACAAGGAAGCGAUGUCAACACUAAAUCAACAACAAUCAAAGACCAACAGCAACAGAGAUGGCAAAGCUCCUCCGCUUCCUCACUCAUCUCUAAGACAUCAUCAGAAACAAAAUCAGUUUUCAGUAACAGAAGAGACGAUAUUUUGAAUCCAGUUUCACUGUUCUCCAUCACUGGAAACCGUGGAGAUGUCGAUCUGUUCCCCGUGAGACUGGAAGAUGAGGGAAGCAAGAAGAAACUGUUCAGAAUGAAGAGUUGCUCGAGUGAGGAUCUGCGGUUGUCGCCUGAUUCAAAUCACGAAGAUGCAGACGACAAAGGAGGGGCAGAUGAGUGGAGGAGGGAUUCAUUGGAGAGACGAUCUCUUCAACUUCCUCCUGUUCAACCGAGGAACCUGGACAAAAAACAAACGAACGUGAUGAGGAGUCGGGUUGUAGAGUCGCAUAACACAACUAGACACUCGUUUAUUUCGUCUCAACCAAAAGACGUUGAAAAACAGACUGUGAUCGAUCGAUUAAAAGGAACUGGAUGGAAAAGUAUUGAGGAUGUACUGAAGAAAAAUUUUGAUAACCAGUUGUCAAACAGUCGGAACGGUUUGGAUAGUUUGGUAGAUGGUAUGGUGUCACCUAGUGAGGAACGUUCGGAAAAUAGGAGUGCAACAAAAAAGAAAAACACAUUCAUCACUGUAGAAUCUUUGAAUGCAGUGAGAGGUAGACUGCGUCGAACUGAUUCAUUUUCUGAACUCCUCCCUGGUGUAGAAAGAAGUAAUGAAAAUAUCGCUCCCAUUGAGCAGGAAGAUGACGGCAUAUUAACAGAAUCCAGUACUACAGUGAAUGAUUUGGGGAAAUCAGACCCCAAAUCUGUGAAGUCGUUUGUUUAUGGUAUUGAGACUGUGUUACAAGGUGAUAGAAGAACUGGUAGCUUGGAAACGAGAGGAAACAGUAAAAUUGAAGGAGGUAACGGACUGACUUCAAAAACUGAAGAAUGGUACAACCGGAGGAAAUCGUACGGAUUUGAGCCUGUGAGACAACAACAGCAGUCUAUUGCUAAUCGUUACUCUUCGAAUUUGAAUACAAAAAUAAAUCUAGCAGAGUCUACAGAUAGUGGGAUUUGUAGAUCGUCCGAAACCGUAGCUAACACUGCCACUCCAUGGUACACUCCAACGGUUUCUAAUAAGUAUACCACAGCAGAUAACAAUGAAAGUCGCAGAACAAGCCAUACUAUAACUAUUAAAAACUCGUUCAAUUAUGAUAAUCUACUGAGUGAUUCUAAAUCUUCAAGUAGGAUUGAACUGCUUUCAAAAGGAAUCGGGUCGAAAGGUAAGAGGACUGUGGUCACUGUUGGAAAUGAGGAUCAGGAUAGCUGGAGAACCCCGGCUGAGAAAGUUGAUGUUGAUAAAAAGAUUGAAAAAGAAGCGGAUAAGUUUGAGACAUCAAAUGGGUCUUCAAUGUUGAGUUCUGCUAAUGUGAACCUCUCUACUCUCCAAGAACCUGUCUUGAAAGAUGAGGAGAAAGAAAUUGUUCCCAGAGGUAAAGUAGCUGACGCUCUGCGAAGUCUACGUGAGAAGUCUUCAUUGAACAACUCUUUCGCCGCUAAAAGACUGUCGGAACCAAUCACCAUCUCGAUUCCUUCACCAGUUGAAGACUCGGAAAACGCAGAAGUCAAUGAUUUCCUCCUUAAACAGACUAAGGAUCCCCUAGAAACCGACCGUUACAAAUUCAAGAAAUUCCUAGACAGUGAAACCAAGAACGUUCAAACAUCGUACUCGAAACUGAUCUUUGGUGAAGGUAAAAUAAAAACUAUGUCAAAAUCUUUUGACGGGCAAGCUGAUAAUGAUACACCAUCGAACAGAUUUAAUUUGCGACCAGUUUCAAAAAUUAAUCAACCCGAAUUCAAACGACACUCUAUAGCUGUGGAUGAAACGAAGUAUAUAACUAACAAGAAUAAAGAUAGUUAUGAGUUGUCGUCUUCAGCUAUAAACGAAAAUUCUAACUUCAGAUUGAGCAGCAACAGUUCAACAUUUGUUUCUCCUUAUGCAUCCAAGUUGAAACCCUCUGAUAACGGUCUCAAUAAGGGAGACUCAUCUGGUGACAACGACUCAAACGAUAAAAAACAGAAGAAAGUUGAGUUUUGUAAAACGGAGGUACAUUUCGCAGCCGAGCCGGGGAGGUUCAAUAUAGUUGAAACCGAUGGAAAACCUCCAAGCAACAUGAAUUUCCGUAGGAGACGAAAAACCAUUUCAGAAUCCACUCCUAGAAACACCUCCAACCUGCCAGAGAUUCGUUUCGGUGACUUGCAGUAUGAGAAGGCCCUUCUCACCAACAACUGUCCACCUCGAAUAAGCCUAGUACACCACAGUUCUAUACCGCUCAUACAUCAGUGCAUCAAUCAUCCUGGUAUCAAGGAUGAUAGUUACAAUGGAAAGGAUAAAUCGUCACCAAGUGCAGAGCAGAAGAUGAUGAAGAUGAUCAGUUCACAGCAUAACCAGCAUUUGGAUCUCAUCAAGGAGAUGGACAAAUAUAAUGGGACCAUUCCAGAAGUGAGAAGAGAAGAGAUAGGGAAUAGAAAUAUGGAUAUGGAUGAGAGAGAGGAAAGAUUGUCGAGGGUCUCAAAUGACAGUAUUCUGGAGGCUUUGGAAAACCUGAGCAAACAGAUUGAGAACGAUAUUAUCGAGAUCCCAAAGAUAAAAGAUGUGAAAAAGGAAGUCAAACUAAAAAACUCUUCUGUUUUCAAAGUAAUAGAAGAUACGGGAGAGACCAGGAUGAAACGGUUCCUGAGGAGGAGGACGGAUAGCAACUUGAGUCAGAGUCAGUUAAGUGAUGACACACUGCAGGCGGACGAGGAAGUGAAGUCGUACAUGAGUGCAGUCAUGAUAAAACCGUCGAGUAGUCAAAAUAGAACCAAAGAACCAUGCACCAGUCAAUUCGCUCAAGGUAUAAUUUCUCAACCGAAAAAUAAACUACCAGGUGACAUUCCGAAAGGACAAAGUACUUCAAAGUUUUACAGCGACUCCACCAACGAGAAAUCGCACAGUGACAGCACUAAAUCGGUGGAAACACUUGUCAGCACCAGAUCUGGUCAUCCGCGAAUCACCUCGAUCUCACUCAGAUACAACGACAACCACGAGACGAACGGAGCAGUCUUCGAGACACCUUCAUCAGCCAAUAAGAAGUAUUCGAGGAGUUCCAUCUGCAUCGAGCCGUGUGACUCGGGUUCAUCCACUACGGACAUCUCGUCCUCCUGGAAGUGGAGCAAAGGAAGCAAGCAGGGUGUGAGAGCUUCUGCGCAGAAUGUGUCACUCAGUAACAUCUACUCAAAUGCUACCAGGACUAUUGAACCUGUUUCGUCCAGAGAAGAUAUCACAGCUCUUCCAGACGACGACUCAGCUGCAGCAUUGGGUUACUCGAAAACCAAGCCAACACGAAUUGUCACCGAAGACUACCAACGAAAACAAGUGACCAAAUCAGCCAGCGACCAAUGUGUGCUUCUCUCAGGCGGAAAACCACAGUUCGGCAAAGUGACAGCAGUUGUGCCUCCAACUGUCGCCUACUCCAGCUCUGUGGUGUUGAACUACCAACCAUCACCGACUCAAGUCACCGACAACAUCACCACACAACAUCGCUCCUAUCAAGCUACAACAAGUAACAAUGCUAGACGAGGUAGUAAAUCGGAAGGGGUUGAAAAGAGUAAGGUUGGUUUCCGAACAGAGAAACGUGGGGAACUAUCGGAAAAAUGUGAGUGUUCUACUAGUGGUAGAAGGGAUAGUUGGUUGAAUAUACCGAAAGAUGUUUCCACUAGUCAAGUGGAACAGACAAGGCAAAGUAGAGAAAUCAAGGUUGAAAAACAGAGGAAAAAAUCUAGUACAGCUGUUGAUGUGAGGAAAAAGAAGAAGACAACCGAUGAAGGGUUGGUAGAGGAUUGUUCUGAUGAUUUGAUGAGGAGAGGUAGAGAGUCACCAAUCUAUGCAAACAGCAAUGUGUUUGCCCAUGAUUACACAGCGCCAACUAGUUCAGACAGGGCAGAAACUGAGUCUUUCAUUCUAGAGGAACUGACGAAGGCUGCAGAUGAGAUUCUGAGGGCGGUGAAUGGUUACACAGAUGACGAUUCCUCGUUCAGAGGGAGCAGUGAUGAUGAACCCGGUAAGCGUUACGGGAGAGAACGAAAGUUCAGCUCCUCGAAACCCUUAGGAACGAUUUCGGAAACACCUACAAGGGUUAAGUCUCAGGUGGUGGAGACUAAAGUCCGGUCAACAGCUGUGAAGAGUCGCCUCUGCAAGACUUCGUCGAAUUCGUCUGUGGAGGGGGGCGGUUCGUCAGCUGAUUCAAAGCCGCUGAUGGAGAAGCCGAGUAAGCGGAGGAAUGUGAGACUGUUGCAGCGUGCUAGUAGCAGGGAAAUGCUGAUGAAGAGUCGUGGAGCAGCGAGUUCUUCGGAGGACGUGCAGUCUGGAAGCGAACAGGCGGCUCCGCCUCCGAGGGUCAGCCGGAUGAAGACCAGUCGACACACCUCGCAGCAUCAGAAGAGCACUAUUGCCAGCCAGUCGAGAACUAAGGAAAGGUGA